AUGAUAAGUCGAGGGCUAGGCGCCGCUUCCACAUUGGCAUUUGCCAAGGAAGGUGCUCAAGUCACAGCUACAGAUAUCAAUUGGGAGAAACUAAAAGAGCUGGACGGGAUUCCAGAUAUUAAAACCAAAGUUGUUUAUGUUACCAAGAAGGACCAAGUGGAGGCCCUGGCCAAGGACUUUGACCAUGUAGAUGUGCUUUUCAAUGUUGCAGGAUUUGUCCAUCACGGCUCCAUACUGGAAUGUCAUGAGUCGGACUGGGACUUCACCAUGAAUGUGAAUGUCCGCAGUAUGUACUUGAUGAUCAUGGCCUUCCUCCCCAAGAUGCUGGCUCGUAAAUCUGGUAAUAUCACCAAUAUGGCGUCUGUGGCAUCUAGUAUCAAAGGUAAAUCAAAUAUUCUGUUGUGGCCUACACUGAAUACUGAAUAUUAUACCAGCAGCCAUAUCACCAUGUAG